AUGAUUCUCAUUCACACUCUUCUCAGCUCUGUGGCCCUUGCAGAUCUUUCAGCUGCUCUUGGGACACCUACUCAGGAGUCUACCAUCUCUACACGAGCAGCUCCUUUCGUUCCCGGCGGCAAAAAGGCUGGAUCUGCUGGUGGUAACGCUGUGCCAUUCUGGAAAGACCAUCUUGGCUGGUGGUACGACUGGACCCCUAGGCCAACUUCUGUCCCUGGCGUCACUAGCGUUUCCAUGCUAUGGGGAAGCGGCCAGAACGGACCCAAUGACGCAAAACGAUUCUCCGAAUUUGGCAACAUGCAGGAAACGCCCGCAUACCUCCUUGGUUUCAACGAGCCUGAUUGCUCGGGCCAGGACACUUCGGCGAAUAUGGGCGUCGCCAACGGUGUGGACCUCUGGAACAGAUUGAUCGUUCCCAGGGGCAACCAAGGCGCUCUUCUCGGCAGUCCUUCCAUGUGCAUGCAGAUGGAUGAGAAGUGGCUCAAGCAGUUCAGUACUGCUGAUCUGUCCAAGCCAUGGGACUUUACCACCAUCCACGUAUACAAACCGGAUAUGACUGGUGUCCAAGCCGACAUCGACUAUUACUGGAAAACGUACGGCAAGCCUAUCUGGGUCACCGAGUUUGGUUGUGUUUACGAUCAGAACAACUUCACGCCUUGUUCUGGCCAGGGACAGAUUAACAAAUGGAUUGCCAACGUCGUUGAUCUGUUUGAGAAGAACGAACAUGUGGCGGCGUAUGCGUACACCGAUGGUGGUGGUCUUGGUCAGGCUUGGUUGCCUACUACUGAUGGUGGGAAGAAGCUUUCUCAGCCUGGUCAAGCGUAUCUAUCUGCCAUUAGCAAGUAUCACUAG